ACCAUUCCUCGGCUGAUUGGACAACAGGCCUGCAACGAGGUCGUCUCUCGCAGUCACAAGAAAGCGAGUAGAUGCUGCGUUUAUGUCACGACUUGAACUCCUGAAGAUCGGGUGUUUCGCUAGGUCGGGAUUUGGUCAUCAAUGUUUGUGAUGUGGAGAAUCGCAACUGGCCUGGAUUUCGACUUUUGUGUAUCUCCCUGGCGGUUUCUCGUCGUUUCUGUGUUGUGUUCUUGCACAAGCGGUCCGGCCACUCGACAUGAGCAUCAAAGAGGCUUGUUCACCACUGGAAUGACACGUCUAGGAGCGGGUUCAUGACCGUCCUGUUCUCGCAGGCACAGUGAUAGAUAGUCUGUCGAGGAGUGUGUGUGUGUGUGUUUGAGAGAGAGAGAGAGAGAGAGAGAGAGAGAGAGAAGGCUGAGGGCAACGGAUUGCCUGGUCAUAAAGGAAGAGUCUCUGCACCUUGGGAGACAGAAAGUGGGUCCACGUUCUUGCGAGAACGCGUGCUUGUGCACUUUGGCGAAGACGAGUGUCUAGUUGCUGUGCGGGCAAGGAUCCCGAGGAUGUCGAUCGAACGAUUGGCUUUUUGACACGUGGUGAAUGAGGAGGGCGUGAAGGACGAGAGGGCCUGGGUGGGUUUUGCGUGUCAGCAGAGAAAAAUCAAGGAGGAGAGGGCCUGUGUGAAUUUUGGGGGUCAUCAGAGUCUGUUUCUGGGCGAAGAGGGUUCCCGGAGGGUUCCAGCGUCAUUUCUUGGGGUCCGUGCACCCUGCAUAGGAAAGGAGACGGUGAGGAGCGAUCGACUCUCGGCACAGACAGAGUGGUUGACAUACUAGUAGGUAGACAAGUCGAGUAGGGUGAAGGCAAGAACUCGUCAGCGAUUUUCCGGAUAGUAAAGGAGAACGGGUGUGGGGAGGAGAUGGUGUCUCACAAGGGGGACCUAGUCCCCACGCAACAGCUGCGGGGCGGCAGCAGCAGCAGCAGCAGCAGCAGUAACAACAACAUUCAUCAUUACCAUGAGCAGCAUGAUUCCAAAGCGAAAGCGAAGGGAGGUGGGGGGGGAGCAGUACUCGGCGCGCUUUUUCGGGUGAAGCCAUCGGACGACGUGCGCGCCAGGGCGACAUCGUCGAUGACCGCAGACACCAUGAAAAGGUGUCUGACUGUUAAAGACCUAAUUCCAAUCGGUGUAGGGUCAACGGUGGGGGCGGGAGUGUACGUACUCGUAGGGACAGCGGCGAGGGACCGAGCCGGGCCCGCCUUGACGAUAUCUUUCUUGAUCGCCGGCAUAGCGGCGGCGCUAGCGGCGCUGUGUUAUGCAGAGCUCGCCAGUCGUUGUCCCUCAGCAGGCAGUGCUUAUCACUACGCCUACACUUGUGUUGGAGAGGUAGUGGCAUGGCUGAUCGGGUGGUCGUUGAUUCUCGAGUAUGCAGUCGGAGCAUCCGCCGUCGCUCGGGGAUUAAGUCCCAAUCUGGGGGUGUUCGUGGGGGGGGAGGAAAACAUACCUUAUUGGCUGGCGAGGCUAAAACUGCCGUAUUGCGGUGGAAUAGUCGCCGACCCGCUCGCGGCGAUUGCUGUCCUGCUCGUAACGGUCCUUCUGUGUGUUGGAAUUAAGGAGAGUGUGCAGGUGCAGACGAUCAUGGUGUUGGUGAACGUUACGGUUCUUGGCUUUGUGGUCAUUGCGGGUGUUUGGGCUGGCUGUAGGAGUGGUUGGAUAGGGUACAAGCAGGCGGGAGGGUACUUUCCUUAUGGGGUGAAUGGCGUUCUGGGAGGUGCGGCGAUGGUGUUUUUCUCUUAUAUCGGCUUUGACACGGUCGCAAGUACAGCCGAAGAAGUGAAGAGGCCUCAGCGGGAUCUCCCCCUUGGAAUCGGUCUGUCGUUGUUGCUUUGUGGAGGUCUGUACAUGUCAAUCGCGGUGGUGCUGCUUGGAUUGGUUCCAUACGACCAGAUCAGUCGAGAGACGCCCAUCACCACGGCGUUUGAAGAAUACGGUAUGCCGGUUGUCAAGUACAUGGUUGCUUCGGGUGCGCUCGCUGCGCUCUCAACCUCCCUACUCGGAGGUCUGCUGCCGCAGCCUCGUGUCCUGUUCGCCAUGGCUAGAGAUGGUCUCCUUCCUAAUUGGGUAGGCGAGCUAACGACGAACGGCACUCCACUGAACGCGACCAUCCUGACUGGUGUCUUCGCUAGCGUCCUCGCGUUUUGCAUGGACAUCACCACCUUGUCGAACAUGGUUAGCGUGGGUACGUUGCUGGCAUUCACGUGCGUUAGCGCGUCUGUCCUGAUAGUUCGGUACGCCGCGCCUCCUGUCGAAGCAUGCAUGACACCAACGACAGGCGCUGUCGACGUGGUACCAGCAGUGUUGACGGCAUCAGCAUUUCUCCCGUCUUCAUCGUCAUCUGCUGCCCGUCAGGCCUCGAAAUCGACGGUAUCUGAGGGGUCAGCGGCAGCAGCAGAGGCAGGGGAGAAAGCACCCUUGCUUCAACGAGGAUCGGCUGCAAGAGAUGCCGAGGACGAAAAUCGCGGAGCUCUUCUCUCGACACAGCAGCAGGAGAGAAGCUUCUUGGCUGAUGCUAACCCAACUCGGGAAAAGGCGAGCUCUCUCUCGUCUCACCCGGACGGCGAGGGGCGAGGGGUAGGAGGAGGAGGCGUAGUAGUAGGAGGAGGAUCCGACAGGAAGAACAAGCGCCCCGCCGGCCCCGACGGCAAUCCUAUUAAUGUCCGGGUCCCGUCGGCAUCAUUGCCGGCCAAAGGGGCAGCAGCCGCCGCCACAACUGCUGGCGGUUUACUAGACACGCUCAAAGUGAGGGAAGGGUCGUCUGGGGGGGCAACAGCUGCGGGGGGCGGAGAGGGUCAUCGUCAUCACCAAGGUAGUAAUUAUGGAGUUAAAUGCAGUAUUGUCUCCGAUAAACAGGAUACCGAACGUCCCGAGUCCCCUGGGAGUCUAGACGAUCAUCUGGCAAGUCCGUUGCUGGGGCAGUCUCUGCCUCCUACUACUUUUUCUCCCCCUCCUCCUGCUCGUUCCGGUAAAUGGCUGGAGAAAGAGACCGAACCGCGUAGAAGACAAGUAGCAAUCGUGUCGAUAAGUGCCAUUUGCAUCGGCGCGCCUCUAAUCGCGACGGCUGCUGCCGGCGAUCUUUUGCCUUUCUUCAUUAGGAUGGCUCUUUUAGUGAUAGGUGCUCCUGUCCUUGGCGCUGGUUUCAUCUUCCUAUCUGUUAUGCGUGAAGACGAAGCCUCGUUGAUUUUCGGUCAUCCGGGGGGAUUCCGCUGUCCUUUUGUCCCCGCCCUUCCUGUCGCGAGCAUUGUCGUCAACACUUAUCUCAUGAUCAACCUUGGGCUUGGCACUUGGAAACGCGUUUCGCUAUGGCUAGCCAUCGGCGCGCUGCUGUACGUGUUUUAUGGCUUCGAGCACAGCAAGCUGCGACUGGCGUCCAUGGCCGCCAGCGGAAGGAGGGAAAAAACGAAGAAAUCGACGGCAGGUGGGGGGGCUGUGGGAGCCGCCGAUCUCGAAACCGGCUGGCGUACGCGGUUCCAACGCUCUUUGCGAAGCUGGAAGCGCUGCUGCGGAAGACGAGAUAACACAUAAAAAUUUCAUAAGUUUAACCACCCCAUCAUCUCACCUUGUGUGUGUGCCUUUGCAACUAACCGCCGCGGGGUCUGAGCAAAGUGCGCGCCGGUUAAGAAGGCGGCUGUGCGAUCGAUUGCUCGAUGGACCGGCCACUGUCUGUGUGCGCAGUUGAAUUCUUUCAUCAUCGUGCCUGGUUGAAUUCAUCGCUUGCGCUCAGUUGAAUUCUUUCAUCAUCGUGCCUGGUUGAAUUCAUCGAUUCGUAAUUAAAAAACUCUCGCAGGGGCGCAGAAGGAUCCCGCGCGCUCUGGUGGUUGAAUUUCGCCGAGCGUCUUUUUUUUUUUUUAUACAGUAUAUAAAAUUGGGAAUUGUCCGUGAUCUCUGACCUCGUGUUGGUAGGUAAUGACGAUGUUGUGUCCCGCCUUCGUUGCUGCAGGCGGUAAUGGUGAUGAUGAUGACUGCGAUUGUGUAUAUAGAAUUUCAUCCUCGUCCAUAAGUGAAUGAGGGAGGAGGAGAGAGGGUAACAAUAGAGUUAGGCGACCGUUCUUUUUGUCGAAAGAUACAAUGGCGCAAGGAACGGCGGGGAGGAGGAAGGAAGCGAGGAACCACUAAUUCCACCGCUACGUGUAGUCCGCCGCCGUAUAACUCUGUUCCAAUGUGGGUCUCCAUCCCUCGUUCGCUGCUGGUCGAUUGCAUUCACUGACCUCACUGUCUUGGUGCAAAUUGUAUUUUACUUCACAACGUAGAUCUAUAGCUAAGCGCGCUCUGUGUGUGUGUGUGUGUGUGAGAGAGAGAGAGAGAGAGAGAUUGAAAAGGAUUGCUGUCAUUCAAUACAGUGAGAGGAGCAGUAAUCAAUUUAUUCAUACUCGUGUUCGUCUAUUUCGGAUGACCAACGAUAACGUGCGCUGACAAUUCGUCCAGUUAUAUGCCCCCCCACCGUUUGUGCCUUUUUUUCAUUUUUCUUCCACCCCUGAAAAUAAUGGAAGCAUUGCCGUUGGCAAAAAGAGAGGAAGUCGUGUUGACAGGCCGUGCGUCGCGCCCUUCAGUUGUUCAUCUUUUUCGUCCGGUUGCAAAUGCGGGAACCCACCCUAGUUUCCAGUACUGCAAUCGCUGCUGUGGCUAGAGACAGGGCCAAUUCAGGGACCCAAUCGAUCGACUGACCAGCCAAUCAAUCAGUGAGUGCUACGAGGCGUCUUUCAACGAAGGGUUGGGCGUGGCGCACUCACCUAUGGACUACGCUUUCCACAUUUGGUUCUGGCGGCAAACGUCCCUGCGAAUCUCCUAUUGAAUUGAAAGGGAAAGCAACUGGUGUGCUUUCAGAUCUUUCAGAUCUGCGUAUUGUCGCUCGGUGUGAUUAAGUGUUAACAGUGUUCCUUCGUCUCCCUGUGGGGGGGGGGUGAAACACAGCAAGAGAGACAGAGCCAGGCGAGGGGUAUGCUGAUGCGCAGACAUACUCACAGAGCCUCUUCAACGUGUUCGCUUUUGACUGUCAGGGAGUAGGCCAUUAUUUCCUGAUCCCUUCAUGCCAAAGGGAUUAGUUCUUAUGGUGCUGUUAUCCUUUUCUUGUUUACUCCAUUGGAUUGGAUUUCUUUCUUGCUGUGUCCGCUUCUCGGUGCUUCGAUUGCACGGUCGAAAGGCCAACAACCGUCUUCUCUCUGCUAUUCCCACCCAUCCCCCCCCUCUCCAUAACCCUCUCACAUGCACACACACAGAAGUUCAUUAACGCUCACAAAUUUCGUAUUGUUCUGCUCUCUCUCUCUCUCUAUUUCUCUCACGCAUACAUUUCCCUGGCUGAGUGGGUGUGGCGUGGGUUUUUCAAGGGUGUGGCAGAUUAGUUUCUACGAACUUGAAGCCGUUCUUGUCAGGGGUUUGGACUGAUUGUAUGCCUUGAUUGCAGGGUUGGUGUGAGUAAAAUCGAUCUCUUUUCUCUGGGGCAUCAUUAACUCUGGGCGGCGUGGUGAGUCCUCAUCCAUCAGUGAAAUGAAUUCCGUGCAGACCG